CGACGCGAUUUCAAUCUUAACGGACGUCCUUCCUGCUACCAUCAGACGCCACCGACGCCGCCGUCACCGACACGAUUUUCACGCGAGUGAUCAUGCCACCUGACAAACCGCCUCCGAGCUAAAGAGAUGCGUUUAACGGCGACGCUUCGGUGGUAGCGACAAUCAAGAAAUGGCCGCGUCCGAACCGAACGAAAAUGAAACCGGCGCCGGCGACGGUAAAACGGAAACCGAACCCGACGAAGAGAAGAAGGCGAACGGCAAACAGGAGAAGACCACCCCCAACAAACAGGCCAAAGACGUAACGAGGGUCGUUGUUGUCGCGCUAACCCCCGACCGCCGUAGGGAAACAUGGGACAAGAAGGUCGAGUUUUUACUGGCGGUAAUCGGAUUCGCCGUCGAUUUGGGCAACGUCUGGCGAUUUCCCUACAUUUGCUAUCAAAAUGGAGGAGGUGCCUUCUUAAUUCCAUAUACAAUCAUGCUAAUAUUUGGCGGUUUGCCGUUAUUUUAUAUGGAAUUGGCGUUGGGGCAAUUUCAUAGAAGCGGGUGCCUAACAAUAUGGAAGAGAAUUUGUCCUGCUUUAAAAGGUGUCGGCUACGCCAUAUGCCUAAUAGAUGUUUAUAUGGGAAUGUAUUACAACACCAUAAUAGGAUGGGCGGUCUACUAUUUAAUUGCCUCUUUCCAAUCGGAGCUUCCGUGGACGAGAUGCGACAACGUGUGGAAUACAAAAAACUGCAGACCGGUCACCACCCUCGAUCCGUUUGUUAAUUCCACUAGUCCAGCCCGAGAAUUUUUCGAGCGAGAGGUGCUCGAACAAUACCGAUCGGAUGGGCUAGAUCGCAUGGGACCCGUCAAACCCGCGUUAGCGAUGUGCGUCUUCUCCGUAUUCAUCCUGGUCUACUUCUCGCUGUGGAAAGGAGUGCGGAGUACCGGAAAGGCCGUUUGGUUUACGGCUCUCGCGCCCUACGUCGUCCUAAUCAUCCUGCUGGCGCGAGGAGUUUCCCUUCCGGGCGCGGCCGAGGGGAUACGCUACUAUCUGACGCCCGAAUGGUACAAGUUGUACAACACGAGGGUUUGGAUAGACGCCGCCUCCCAAAUAUUCUUCUCGCUCGGUCCCGGCUUCGGUACCCUACUCGCGCUUUCAAGCUACAACAAAUUUAACAAUAAUUGUUAUCGAGACGCAAUAUUAACAAGUAGCAUUAAUUGUUUAACAAGCUUUUUGGCCGGUUUCGUUAUAUUUUCCGUGCUAGGCUAUAUGGCGCAUGUACAAAAUAAGAGUAUCGAAAUGGUCGGCCUUGAAGGUCCUGGCCUUGUAUUUAUAGUGUAUCCAGAAGCAAUAGCAACAAUGACCGGAUCAGUGUUUUGGUCCAUAAUAUUCUUUUUAAUGUUAAUUACGCUUGGCCUAGAUAGCACGUUUGGCGGUCUGGAGGCGAUGAUAACGGCGCUUUGCGACGAGUACCCGAAACUCCUAGGACGGCACAGGGAGAUUUUUGUGGCCGUUCUCCUCUUUGGUAUCUACAUUUGUGCCUUGCCCACGACAACCUACGGUGGAGUGUAUCUGGUGAACAUGCUGAAUGUCUACGGGCCUGGACUGGCGAUCCUCUUCGUGGUUUUCGUGGAAGCCGCCGGAGUUUUUUGGCUUUAUGGCACCGACAACUUUGUCAGGGACAUUGAGAAAAUGCUCGGGCACCGACCGGGCCUGUUCUGGAGGCUGAGCUGGAAGUACAUCAGUCCCGUAUUCCUCUUGACAAUUUUUAUAUUUUCCCUGUUGGGGCACGCCGACAUGUUGGGAACCGAGUAUGAGUACCCGCAAUGGUCGAUGUACGUCGGAUAUGCACUCACGGGGUCUUCCAUUAUAUGCAUACCGUUGUAUAUCGUGUAUAAAUUUGUAAUUACCCCGGGAAAUGUGUCGCAGAGGUGGAAAAUGAUGUGGACGGCGGAGCACUCCUCAGAAAACAGCACACUAACAUACUGUGGAGGUACGGAAGUGUGACCCCUCUGUGCUAAAAGCGCCUACACGACGGAAUGGUUAGUUUAACCCUUCCGACUUUAAUUUCAAUGGGUAGGUAAAAUUGACGGCCAUAACUUACCUACCCCCGUUUGAUAGAUUUAUACAAGUUAAACGUAGUAAGUGUAUAGGCUAACUAAGUGUAUUUAUUUCCAAUUACCAAAGGAGCAGCCAUUGAAUACAUACAUAAACAAACAAACAAAAAUUGUUGUUCCUCGUCUGUAGCCUAGUUGCCUGUACAAGAAAACGGAUGCCAUGGAUUUGCCCUUACUAAUUAAGGCCUAACAAUAAUGCUCGUUCCCGGAAAAAACCCAGCCAUUUUUUUCCUAAGGGAAAGCCGCGGCUAAUUCAUACGAUCCGUUUCUUGAGCGACAAGCCAAGAAAAAACGAAUUGUAAAUAGUUCCUUAAAAUAAGCUGUAAAUAUUUACUUAAAUGUUUGUUGUUGCUAAAUACAAUCGUCGUCUGCGUAAGGUGUACAUAAAAAUUAGUACCCAUUUUCUGUUGACAAGUCUCUGCGAGUGUUGGUCACUUAAACAGCCAUAAGGCGACAGACACCAGCGCAGAAAAUCGAUUAGUUUAUGCGUUAAAACGCUUACAACCAUGACGUUACCAUAAAUCUAUUAUUAGA